AUUCUUCUUCUUCUCUUUCUCUCUCAUCUCUCUCUCUCUCUCUCUCUAGCAGCGGAGGCUGCUCCGUCUGCUCUGCCACCUAACUCUGAUCUUCCAGUCGGAGCUGAAUCGCAUCUACUCACUCUGUAUUUCAGGAAUCGCUUAGAUUCUCCUUCGGAUUUUCCGAUUAAGCCCUUUCUUGGAGUUAUGGAGUUAUCUUAAUGAUAGCUCUUAUAAGAUUUUUAUCAAGUUUUGUAAAUAUAAUUUGCUAGUUCACUCUUCUCAAUAUUGUGUAGGUUCUAGUUCGUUCAAUUCUUCCCCUGGGUGGUGGAUUAGUGUAUUUUUAAAAUAUUGAAAAUUCAAAAUGCCAAAGGAGAGAAGAGAUAGGUCUUUGUCACAUGAUAGUAGCAGAACAUCACCUUAUCCAUGCAGCUCUAGUCGUGUCAGAAGAUCAGCUCCUAAAACCCCUUUAGAGCCAGAGGAAAAUGUUAAAGAAUGGGAAGAUGCUAGGUGUCCAGUCUGCAUGGAGCACCCUCACAAUGCAGUUCUUCUCAUAUGUUCAUCACAUGAGAAGGGAUGCCGCCCUUACAUGUGCAACACUAGUUAUCGCCACUCAAACUGUCUUGAUCAGUUCUGCAAGUCAUUUACAGAACCCUCACCAGAACCCUCACCAACAAUUCCUCAAGUAGAAAGUCAAACUUCAAACUUGGACUCAUCUCAAGUCCAAAUUACUGAAGAAAAUAUCAUUGACAAUGACAUACAAGAAGAAAGAAGUGAAGGCCUUGUUACAAUGCAAUCUUUGUCCUGUGAGGGCGAGGCUAAGUCAAAGCUAGUAUGCCCUUUGUGUAGAGGGCAAAUAAAAGAGUGGAAAGUAGUGGAGGGGGCUCGUCAUUUCAUGAAUGCAAAAUCAAGGAGCUGUUCUUGUGAGACUUGCAACUUCACUGGUACAUAUACAGAUCUCAGAAAGCAUGCAAGGAUUGAACAUCCUUCUGAGCGCCCAUCUGCUGUGGACCCAGAGCGUCAGCGUAACUGGAGGAGGCUGGAGCGGCAAAGGGAUCUUGGUGACCUGCUUAGCACACUUCAAAGUUCCUUUGGGGGGGAGAAUAGGGUUGAUGAUGGAAUUCCUCCCAUAGAUGAUGGUGGCUUGUUGGCUGUAUUUUUCCUCAUUCUUCAACCUGCAUCUAUGUCUAGGGGUGCCACAGGAACUAGACUCCAAAUGCGAAUCAGGAGACCAACUAGACUCUGGGGAGAAACCUUUGAGGCAGCAGAAUCUGGAACUGCUUCUAGAGAUGAUGCAAAUAAUGAAUCUUCAGAUGGAGGGUCUGAUACUAGAAGGCGCCGAGUUCGGAGACGAGUAACACCUGACAAUCAGCCAUGACCUGGAAAAUAAAAUGUGAAUGUUGUUUUUGUUCUCAAGUAACAGGUGGAGCAAAGGGGAGGGAGAGAGAGGGGAUUUCCGGCUUGGAUCUUCGGAUCAAUUGUGGAUCAGUUUGGGUUUAUGUUGCUGGUUGCCAAAGAAUGAGAAAAAUGUUCGUUGAAUAUCCCAUAAUCUGUUUAUUUAGCAUUUUUAGAGCAUCUUUGCUGCAAUUUCUCGAGGUCUGUGAACAAUUGAGCUUGAAAUAAAAUUUUCUGUUGUGUCAGCUCUUUUCUUCUUUUCAUGCAAGGGGGAAAAGUGGAGAGAACAUAUAAUGUAAGGCUAAGGGUCCUUGCAAGAGCUUAUUUGGGAAUUGGGAUUGUUAGCCUAAGGACUGCGUAGCUGUUUGCCUCAGUUUACAAAAUAGCUCAUGAUCUAUUUAUAUUUUUUUUAGCUGAGAUUUUCUUAUAAGUAUAUAUAUGAAGAAGUCUUUAUAUUUA